AUGAAUUCCCCCAGACCAUUCGAUGGAAAAGUGCUGCUACUUGGCAUAGACUUCAGACAUACUGCUCUUGUUAUCCCAAGAGGAUUCAAUGCAGCAGUAAUUGAGUCCUCAAUUAAGCAAUCUCCUCUCUGGCAUUUCGUAACAAAACUCAGUUUGACAGAAAAUAUGCGCAUUACUGGACAAGAUGACUUCAACAAGUGGCUUUUGGCGGUUGGAAAUGGAACCCUCUCCAACAAUGAAGGGCUGGAAGAAAACCUCAUAGAAAUCCCCCAAAACAUGGUAUCUACAAAUAACAUUAUUAGAGAAGUUUUGGGGAAAGAAUUAUUACUAGACAAUGACGAGGCAGUUGAAAGAGUGUCAUCGACAAUCAUUUUGACACCUAAAAACAAAGAUUAUCUUCACAUAAACACUGAUAUAAUGUCAUUAUUGCCUGGUGAGGCAACAAUCUGCAGAAACGUUGACACCAUUGUUGAAGUGGAGUUUUUAAAUUCACUGACACUUUCUGGGAUGCCACCUCAUAUACUGACCUUGAAGAGGCAUUCAAUAGUCAUGUUGCUAAGGACCCUGAACCUAAUGACAGGUUUACUCAAUAGGAUCCGGAUCUUAGUGCUGUCCAUCAAAGAUCUUUUCAUUCAUGGGAAAAUACUUAGUGGAAGUAAGAAAGGUGGCCUUUAUUCCGCGCAUCAACCUGCGUCCCAGUGA